AUGCGCGCGGCGCGGGGCAGCGCGGGGCAGAGCGGCGCGGGCACGAUGGCCGGCGGGGAACAGCGCGGCGCGCCCGGCGGCCCCGAGCGGGUGGCGCUGAAGAAGGAGAUCGGGCUGCUCAGCGCCUGUGCCAUCAUCAUCGGUAACAUCAUUGGUUCUGGGAUCUUUAUUUCACCGAAAGGGGUUUUGGAGCACACUGGCUCAGUGGGACUGGCUCUCAUUAUUUGGGUGCUCGGCGGCGGGGUCGCUGCCCUGGGAUCACUGUGUUACGCUGAGCUGGGAGUUACCAUCCCCAAAUCAGGAGGGGACUAUUCCUACGUCACAGAGAUCUUCGGCGGGUUAGCUGGGUUUCUGCUGCUCUGGAGUGCGGUGCUAAUCAUGUACCCUACAAGUCUGGCUGUCAUAUCGCUGACCUUCUCAAACUAUGUCCUGCAGCCCGUGUUCCCUAAUUGUAUUCCCCCCUAUAAUGCCUCCAGGAUCCUGUCCAUGGUGUGUUUACUACUCCUGACCUGGGUGAACAGCUCCAGCGUUCGAUGGGCAACGCGCAUUCAGGAUAUAUUUACAGCAGGAAAACUCUUAGCCUUGGCCCUUAUCAUUACUGUGGGCUUCAUACAGAUCUUUAAAGGAAACUAUGAAGAGCUGACACCGAGCAAAGCAUUCAAUUUUUGGAUGACUCCGUCCGUGGGGCACUUAGCGUUAGCUUUUCUUCAAGGGUCGUUUGCGUUCAGUGGCUGGAACUUCUUGAACUAUGUAACAGAAGAGCUGGUUGAUCCCCGCAGGAACCUACCUCGUGCCAUAUUCAUAUCCAUCCCAUUGGUGACAUUUGUGUAUACGUUCACCAACAUUGCAUAUUUCACUGCCAUGUCACCCCAAGAGCUCUUGUCCUCCAACGCUGUGGCGGUAACAUUUGGUGAAAAGUUACUGGGCUAUUUUUCCUGGGUUAUGCCAGUCUCAGUGGCCCUAUCUACAUUUGGAGGAAUAAAUGGAUACCUUUUUACCUCAUCAAGGUUAUGUUUCUCUGGUGCCCGAGAAGGCCACUUGCCAAGCUUGCUUGCCAUGAUCCAUGUGAAGUACUGCACACCCAUCCCUGCCCUGCUCGUCUGUUGUCUGGCCACUCUUAUCAUCAUGCUUGUUGGAGACACGUACACACUAAUCAACUAUGUGUCAUUUAUUAACUACCUCUGCUAUGGAGUGACAAUUAUAGGCCUGAUCGUGUUACGCUGGAAGAAACCCAAAAUCUUCAGACCUAUUAAGGUGAACCUCCUCAUCCCCAUCACUUACCUGGCAUUUUGGGCAUUUCUGCUGGUCUUCAGCCUAUACUCUGAGCCAGUUGUCUGCGGAGUCGGACUCAUUAUCAUUUUAACUGGAGUACCCGUGUUUUUUCUUGGAGUCUACUGGAGAAAUAAACCAAAGUGUGUAAAUAGGCUAAUAGAGUCGGUGACGUGCUGGGGACAGAAGCUGUGUUUCGUGGUGUACCCCCAGGGUGGGGCAGCUGAGGAGCCCACUACCCACUGCCACCUGCCUGCCAGCGACAUGUCCCCAAGGAAAUAGCGGAACAGCCUCUGGGCGCUGAGGGGGCUUCUUGUUUACACGCUCAU